AAUCUAAAGCUUCCAGGACUAACACUCGCACACAACAUAGAACCCACUAUGCUUUUUCCAUUUUCUUGUUAAUUUGCUGCCUAAAGAUUGUUCUUGAUUUCACAAAUUUCUUACCAUAUAUAUAGCUAAUUAAUUUGUGCUGAUUCUUCUUCCUGAAUACUGUUUAAAGAUCAAGAGAAAGCAGAGCGCUAGCCUCCUGAUUUUCCCCGCGUAUCACCCAAUACAUCAAGGUAAACAGUAGUUAUGAAGAUCUCUUUCUCCGCCUGCAAGCAAACACAACCCCUGGUGAAUUUUCCAGGGGGGCUGAUCAACAUGGAUCAGUUGAUCCUUCCCCGUCACCGCCGCAAGGACAAGGUAGUGUUUGUAAUAGGCGCCACAGGCACCGGGAAGUCUCGCCUUUCCAUAGACUUGGCCACCCGAUUCGACGCAGAGGUCAUAAACUCCGACAAAAUGCAAGUCUACAAAGGCCUGAAUAUAGCAAAACCUCACCAUUUGCUCGGGAUCAUUGAUCCUGAUGCCGAUUUCUGGGCUCAUGAUUUCGUCUACCACGCAUCGGUCGCUGCCGACGCCAUCACAAACAGGGGCCGGCUGCCUAUCAUCGCCGGAGGGUCAAAUUCUUGCAUAAAGGCCCUGGUGAACGAUGACAUUGAGUUUCGAUCGAGGUAUGACUGCUGUUUUCUGUGGGUGGACGUCUCGAUGCCAGUGUUGCACUCUUUUGUGUCGAAACGGGUCGAUCAGAUGGUGGGUGCUGGCCUGGUGGAGGAAUCCAGGGAGUUUUUCAAGCCGGACGGCGACUACACCCGUGGAAUCAGGCGCGCCAUUGGGGUCCCCGAGAUGGAUGAGUUUUUCAGGCACGAGCGUUUGGUUGAUGAAGCCACUCGGACCAGGCUUCUACAAGCUGCGAUUGAUCAAAUCAAGUCUAACAAUUGCAAACUAGCAUGCCGUCAGCUUCAAAACAUUUUAAGAUUAGUGGAGCAACUGGAGUGGCGGAUGCACCGCCUGGACGCGACGGAGGCAUUCCUCAAACGUGGAGAAGACGCGAACGAAGCCUGGGAGAGACUCGUGGCAGGGCCAAGCACCCGGAUCGUGGGCAGGUUCUUAUGUGAAGAACACAUAGAUUUCGUCUCGGCAAUC